ACCCUAACCUACACGCGAGGUCGCUCGCAGGGACUCUGACCGCCGCCUGUCUCCUGAAUCCUGUCUGAAUCUGAUCGUCUCCAACAUCUGACCGAGCUGUGAUCCUGCCCGAAUCUUAACGCGAAAGGCGCGAUCAAGCCCACGGCCAAGCGCGGCGAUUCCCGAUGUCGCCCUUCGGGAAGUUCGUGGUCUGCUUGACCCUGUUCGCCGCAUGGCGCCCCCGCUCGACCCUGUUCGCCGAGGCGCCUCCAGCUGCAUCCUUCGAAGUUGGUGUCGACUCUGCGUCCGCGAUCGGGAACGCAUCGUGCGUCGCACUCGCCAGGGAGGCCGGCGUCCGGGCGGAAGGUGGCACCGGCCGCAACUUCGUCACCUCGCCCCUGUCCAUCCAUGCGGCGCUCGCGAUGGUCGCCGCCGGCGCGCGGGGCGACACGCUUACAGAGCUCCUGCGGUUCCUCGGGUCGGCGUCGCUCAACGAGCUGCACCGCGCGGCGGCGACCGAGCUCGUCGGCAGGCUCAACGGCACAGCGCAGACGUCCUUCGCCAGCGGCGUGUGGGUGGACCGGAGGUGGGCGCUAAGGCCAGAGUUCAUGGCCACCAUCGCGUCGCGGCACAACGCCACGGCGGAAUCCGUGGACUUCGUGUCGGGGGCCGAGCAGGCGAGGCAGCGCGUGAACGCCUUCGUGGCGGACGCGACCAACAAGCACAUGCACGAAGUCCUGCGUCCGGGCUCCGUCGACUCCCGCACGGCGGUCGUCCUCGCCAACGCGCUCUACUUCAAAGGGGCGUGGUCUCAGCCGUUCGACGCCUCCACCGCGCCGUUCCACAUCCCAGGCGGCACCACCGUGCGCGUGCCAUCCAUGACGACAAGCGAGUCACAGCACAUCGCGGUCUACCCGGGCUUCAGGGCCCUCAAGCUACCGUACAAGAACGACGUGCAGCAGCAAGCUGAAUUCUACAUGCCAUAG